AUGUCUUCACAUGACGAAUACUCCUCUGACGAGGAAGAGUUGGUAGACAAGAACCAGAAAUCAGACGUUCUUUUGGGAUUUGUAGAUGCUCCCAUAGUUGAAGAAGAAGAUGAAAAUGACGAUGAACUGGACCUUCCCACAAUCGAAGACACUUUCAUUGGAAGCAAACCGUUAUGGCUCCAUCCAGAAUCGAUUCCAGAUGAGAAAUUGGUGACUUGCGACAAUUGUGGAAAGAAAAUGGCUCUUUUGCUCCAGGCAUACUCUCCCUUAGAUGGAAAGUUGUACGACAGAGUGCUUUAUAUAUUUGGAUGUAAGAACACGGCCCAAUGCUCCAAGAAGAAAGGAUCGAUAAAAGCAUUCAGGGGUAUUUCCAAAGAUGCGGAAAGAAUUGCUCAAAUUAAACAAGAACAAGACGAAGCUGUUCAGAAGGAUUUGGAUGAGAAAUUACAACUUGACAACAAAAAGAAGUUCAAUAUCGAAUUGACCAAGGACCUCUUUUCAACUGACAAGAGCACAACCAAUUCGAGCAAAGCAUCCAACCCAUUUGGUUCUUCUACAGGGUCGAAUCCUUUCGCUUCUUCCACCUCACAAAACCCUUUUGCUCCCAAACAAAGUCCUUUUGAUGCCAAUCCAUUUGGAAAGAAAGAAGAACCAAAAAAGGAAGAAAAACCAGCAAAACAAUCGUAUGCUGAAAUUGCUUCCAAAAAUAUACCAAAGAAAAAAGGAAAGUCAAACAAGUCCCAAUACGAACUUCCAGCAUACGCUGGUAGCUUUUUAUAUGUAGACAAGGAAACGUUCAAGAAAGAGGCUGCUGACCCGGAAUUGGAAAAAUACAAGCAUUUGAUAGAUAUGGACGUUAACAAGGAAGAUGGCCAAGGAAGCGGCAGCAGAAGAGACUCAACGUCGUCUGUUUCUGCGUCAGGUAUAGACCCCAACAGAGCCAAGAUCUCCAACAUGUUGGACGAUAAGUAUUUCGAAAACUUCUCUAAUACCGUCAAGCAUAACCCAGGACAAGUAUUGAGAUACAAUCUCGGCGGUACACCCUUGUUGUACAGUGGCAGAGACGAUAUAGCUAAGAAGUUUUUGGGUGGAGCUUUCAACGUGCCUAAGCCAGGAUUCAACCCAUCUUCAGAACGCCAGUUUGAAAUACAGUUGAUGCCUAAAGCCAUUAUUGACUUAGAGAACAUCAAAGAUGACGAAGUCAACAUUGCUGAUAUCCUCAACGGUAUGUCAUGGGGUACUAUUAUUGUUUGCACUGAUGUCGAGGACUAUGUUCCAGAAGAUUCGCUCGAUUCCAACCGUGUGGCAUACAUCGAGGAAUGGUGUGGAGUUCAAUGGGAAGAAAGUGUUUAG